AUUAGCUUCUUUUAUAUCCAGCGAAUGUCUCCAGUGGGCAGGAAAAGCCUCGUCCUUCAUCGCGGACACAGAUUAAGCUAAUUCACACAUCUGUGCAGGCCUAAUGCCUAAUCGCCGCGCCGCGCCGUCAGAACGGUCUUUAUACAGCGGCGGCCAAGAGACAGAAAGGGAGACGGGGAGAGAGAGAGAGAGAGAGAGAGAGAGAGCGGGGCGAGCUAGCCGCCGGUGCCGAUUGAUCGGAUAGAAGGGCUGCUGGCAGGCGUCCACAGGAUGGAGUGCUGACGACUGUCCAACGAGCUGCCGGGCUGAGCCGGACCCGCCGGUUCCCUCGCAGAGCAGCGCUGAUGAAAAGGGACGAGGCCGAAUUAAAAGCGUCCUCCCCGAGGCAGAGCGGGGCCAGGGAGGAGUUAAGGCAGCCUUAUGAAUUCGAUUUCCGCAUGAUGAGAAGAGUGAAAGUUGGUUGUAGUUGAGCGCGUUGGCGGAGGCGCAGCAACACCUACGUUUGAUACCGGAGGACGAUUCAGGAGUCGGGAAGGAAAUAACGAUGGGAAUUAGGAGGGAACUCCCCCGUGAAACGUCCGGCUUGAUGUUUGGGUGUGUGGCGUAAAUGAGACAGAAAUCUAGAUUAUGUGACGUGUAAAACAUCACAGUGAGCAUUUCAGUCCGACCUUUGACCUUCAACUCUGACUCUUUUUAGACACUGAAAGACGUACAGUAACUGUGCGGUUGCUCCUUUACUCUGCGACGCGAGCCGAAAGGUGAAGAUGUUGGUCAGAGCAGGAUGAACAACAGCUCCUGUUGUAGUUAUAGGCCCAGAGUUGCAAUGCCGGUGCCAGAUCAGCCCGCCGAGCAGGAGAAGGGGGCCAUGGUUCCCCCUGUGAUGCCAGCCUCCAAUGGAGACAGAUCUGAGACAGAGACGACCUCCUCCAUCCUCGCCUCUGUCAAAGAGCAGGAGCUGCAGUUCGAACGCCUGACCCGAGAGCUGGAGGCCGAGCGCCAGAUCGUCGCCACGCAGCUGGAGAGAUGCAAGCUGGGAUCCGAGGCGGGCAGCAUGAGCAGCAUCAGCUCGUCCGAUGAGCAGUUUCGCUGGAACGCUCAAGCUGAUGGACAGAAAGACAUUGAAGACGAGUUGACCACAGGUUUGGAGUUAGUGGACUCCUGCAUUCGCUCCCUUCAGGAAUCAGGAAUACUUGACAGUGGAGAACGACCGGCUCUUCUUUCCCAGAGUUCCUUGCAGCUCAACUCCACCCCAGAGGCUUCGCUCCAGUACUCUGCCAGCUACCAUAGCAACCAGACCCUCGCCCUUAGCGACAGCAUCUCCGCAGCAACUCCUCAGCGCAGCGGACAGGUUGGAGGAGCUGUGCACAGCUACAACCAGGUGACAUCCAAUCGCGUGGCCCAGCAGCAACAGUCCCAACCCGGGGCCGGGCCAGGUAUCUACUACUCCAGCUCCACGUUGCCUGCUCAGCGCGUCAGUUCCCCGCUUUCGGGAGGAGGAGGAGGGGGCUCCGGGUCUGGUUCUCCUAGCAAGCUUCAACGCCUGGGCUCAGCCUCCGACGCCUCGGGCUACUCUUCCACUCAGCGCCUGCCUUCCUCCUCCUCGUCUCCCAACAAACAGUCUCCGGCUAAUCGACUGGCCAAGUCGUACAGUACCACAGUUCCUGUGACGACAGCAGGAGGGGGGCGGUCUCCUCUGAGGGUGGCAUCUCCACCCAACUCUACAGCAGGAGGGGGAGGGGCCAGCGCAUCAUCGUCCCCUCUUCACCAGAUGAGUUCCGGCAUAGGGAGCUAUGCCACACUGUCUCCCAAACGGCUGGCAGCUCAUCACGCUUCUGACCAGUACAAAAUCUCCCACGAGCUCUACGCUACUGCUACACUUCAGAGGCCUGGCAGCCUGGCAGGCUCUCGUGGAUCCUACAGUAGUCAGCACAGUCAGGAGCCCCUUCGGCCCUUGGGGUCCCCAGAGCAGCACAUCGAUCCCAUCUAUGAAGAACGUGUCUACCACAACAAAGGCCCCAUGAGGAGCCUUAGCCAGAGCCAGGGGCCGGACACGGGCCCUUAUCGCAACAACACCGACCUCACCCAGCGUUUCCAUGACCAGGUCCUAAGUUAUGUCCUCUGUCCCUACUUUCCUGCCCUAGCUCCUUCCUCCCCCGGUGUCGACUCCACCCCUUUGCAGCGCACAGGGAGCCACGGCGCGGGCACGGGGAACUACGGGCGCGGCGGGACCAACAACUACGCCACCGUGGGGCCGGGCUACACCUCGGGCGGCGGUGGCGGAGGGGGAGACGUGUACGGCUCGGAUCCGUACGUGGCCGACCCCUACCGCACCCUGCAGUACUGCCCUUCGGUGGUGGAGUCGCCCUACAGCAAGUCGGGACCGGCGCUGCCGCCUGAGGGCACCCUGCAGCGGUCCCCUUCCAUCGACUCUAUCCAGAAAGACCCCAGAGAGUUCGGGUGGAGAGAUCCGGAGCUGCCGGAGGUGAUCCAGAUGUUGCAGCACCAGUUCCCAUCGGUGCAGUCCAACGCUGCGGCCUACCUGCAGCAUCUCUGCUUCGGAGACAACAAGAUCAAAGCUGAGAUCCGCAGACAGGGAGGCAUCCAGCUGUUGGUCGACCUGCUGGACCACAGGAUGAGCGAGGUGCACCGCAGUGCCUGUGGAGCCCUGAGGAAUCUGGUGUAUGGCAAGGCCAAUGACGAGAACAAGGUGGCCCUGAAGAACUGUGGAGGUAUUCCUGCCUUGGUUCGCCUGCUGAGGAAGACCGGAGACGUGGAGAUCAGGGAGCUGGUCACAGGCGUUCUCUGGAACCUGUCGUCCUGUGACGCGCUGAAGAUGCCAAUCAUCCAGGACGCCCUGGCCGUUCUGACCAAUAGCGUCAUCAUACCGCAGUCCACCUGGGACUCCUCGCCCAAUCACCACGAGGACCGCAAGCUCCACCUGCACACCUCCCAGGUGCUGCGCAAUGCUACCGGCUGCCUCAGGAAUGUAAGCUCUGCAGGUGAGGAGGCGAGACGGAGGAUGAGGGAGUGCGACGGCCUGACGGAUGCUCUGCUCUAUGUCAUCCAAACCUCUCUGGGAAGCAGCGAGAUCGACAGCAAGACUGUAGAGAACUGUGUUUGCAUCCUGAGGAACCUGUCGUACCGCCUGGCUGCCGAGACGUCCCACGGGCAGCAGGGAGGGCUGGAGGAGCUGGACGGCCUGCUCUGCGACGCCAACGGCCGCGAUGGGGAGAGCUCCGGCUGCUGGGGCAAGAAGAAAAAGAAAAAGAAGGGAGCCGACCAGUGGGACGGUGUGGGGCCCUUCCCCGACGCGGCGGAGCCUCCCAAAGGGGUUCAGAUGUUGUGGCAUCCCACCAUCGUCAAGCCCUACCUCACGCUCCUGUCUGAGUGCUCCAACCCCGACACCCUGGAGGGAGCAGCUGGAGCUCUGCAGAACCUGGCUGCAGGCAGCUGGAAGUGGUCGGUGUACAUCCGGGCAGCCGUCCGUAAGGAGAAAGGCCUUCCAAUCCUGGUGGAGCUGCUGAGGAUAGACAAUGACAAGGUGGUGUGUGCCGUGGCCACUGCGCUGAGGAACAUGGCGCUGGACAUCAGAAACAAGGAGCUUAUUGGCAAAUACGCCAUGAGAGACCUCAUCCAUCGACUGCCAGGCAGCAGCAGCAGCACCAACAACAACGCCACCAGCAGCGGCACCUCCGGGCCCAGCGGCCCUCCCAGCAAGGCCAUGUCGGACGACACGGUGACCGCCAUCUGCUGCGCACUGCACGAGGUCAUCACCAAGAACAUGGAGAACGCCAAAGCUCUGCGUGACGCCGGCGGCAUCGAGAAGCUCAUCGGCAUUGUCCGCAGCAAAGGAGACAAACAUUCAGCGAAGGUGGUGAAGGCAGCCUCUCAGGUCCUCAGCAGCAUGUGGCAGUACAGAGACUUGCGCUCCCUCUACAAAAAGGUCUUGCAGGACGGUUACUCCCAGUAUCACUUCGUGGGCUCUGCCUCAACGAUAGAGCGAGACAGGCAGAGGCCCUACUCCUCCUCACGGACUCCCUCUGUGUCCCCUGUCAGGACAUCCCCAAAUAACCGCUCUGCGAGCGCUCCAGCCUCCCCCAGAGAGAUGAUGAGUCUGAAGGAACGCAAGAUGGACUAUGAUUCCACAGCAACCAACGCGGGUUUCCAUAGCAACAAAGGAGAGCACACAUCCCGGAAAGACGGCAUGGCAGUUCAAGUUUCCUGUGGGACGUCCACGUUGUUCCGAAACUCCUACCUUUCCGCCAGUGAUGAUCUCAAGCAAAACCAGCUCCCUCACCAGAUCCCAGCCCAGCCCUGUGUUGUGGCCCCUCAGCCGCAGCAGGAGAGCCCAUCAGCCGCCGUGCUAAAAGACUACGACCUCUACCCUCCCCCCCCUACCUUCCCCCAGCCUCAGCAGCCGCAGCCUCCGCCUCACAGCCAGAGCCAGAGUUUCGACGAGGCCUACUAUGAGGGACAGGGGCCUCCAGCUCCCCCGCUUCAGCCGCAGCCACAGGUCCAGGCACAGGCACAACCCCAGCAGCCUCCGAGCUCUACCGGACCCCCUCGGGACCCGCGGGAGGACCUCCGCAUGCAUCUGGGCCUCAAAUCCACCGGGAACUACGUAGACUUCUACUCGGCCUCUCGGCCAUACAGCGAACUGAACUAUGAGACCAGCCACUACCCAGCCUCGCCUGACUCCUGGGUCUAGUUAGAGUCCAAUGAUGGGGGGUGGGGGUGGGGGGUAAAAUAGAGUCUGUGUGUGCGUGUGUGAAGGGGAUUAUUUUUGUAAGCGAUCAACAGCAGAUUAACACAAGGUGAUAGCAAGCGGCAUGUUGAGAAAUGGAUAUUAGCAUUCUCUGACUUACAGUAAGGCAGGAGAGGUGGGGUUGAGAAGGGAAAAGUCAGGUGGAGUGAUGAAGAGAGACUAUGCAUGUGCAUGCCGACAUUUUCCUUUUUUUUAGACUGCUUUAUUCCUUCAAAGUCAGCUCCAUUGCACUGGUGAGUGGAUAAGGAGUAAGUGGGAGUAGAGAUGAGAGAGGAGUGGGCAGAGGACUGCAGAACGAGGGGGGGGGGGGGCGACCAGGUGGAGAGAGUCCACAGAGGCUCAGACAGAGAGGAAGAGGCAAUCAAACAAAUAAUAAUGGGAAGUUGAGGAGGCAGAGCUCUCGCUUAAUAUGAGUAGAAGGCGGCUCGACCUUUGUCCGAGUCGGCGAUGGAAAGGAGAGAAGAGACAAAGAUGGUACGAGGAUUCUGCGUGAGGCCGUGAAACUGAAAAAAAAAUGCACAGAGAAAGAUGAGAAGCACAUCGGGCACAAUGCAAGUAGUGGAUGUUUACCAUUUCACCCGAGUGACAAACGUAGCACUGCUUUUACCCCCCCACCCCCCCACCCCCUUCUUCUUGUUGCGAUGUCCUUGCUGCCUACAGAGGCUUCUGAAUUUGUUUAAGGAAUGUCAUCUCCAAGAGACUUCUUCUUUUGUCACCAUUCUUUUACAUUGCGUUUUUUUAUUUGUACUUUUCUACAUUUUUACUUUUAAGAAAAGCAUUUUUUUUUAUUUUUUGUGUACAGUUCGAGGGUGAUACAGUGUGUAUAUUACACAUGUUUUUGACUGGGCCAAAUGUCUUUUUUCUUUUUUUCCCCAUGACUGCUGAAAAAAAGAAAAGCUAAAUCAAAGUCGCUGAAAUGCAAACACGAGAAGCAGAAAAGACGAGACGUGGCCACGACAGAUAUCAGUGGACACCUUUGUUUUUGCCCUUUUCCCAGCAGGAGAGGAAAUCCUGCAGUAUAUGUGUUUUUGUUUCCCCCAUGAAGUGGAUUUUAUUGUGGACACGUGCAAACGUCAAGAGCACUUCAAGGCUGCCGGAGCAUCAGAUUGGCAGAGCCGCAUCGCUCCCGAGUCCCCGUCAACAAAAAGUGCUUUUUCACUGCCUAUGGAAUAUAUGUGUAUGUUUUAAAGCACACUCUCUGUCUUUGGGAAAGGGGUCGUCUUUUCCUUCUGGUGAGCAGAUAUGUUUUCAAUGGUUUCUCAUCGUCACCUUAUAAUGAACAUGAACUGAUCCGUCCAGCAGGAGCCGCCGUGAGUAAUGUACAUGUGUGUGUACAGUAGAGCUACGUAGGGAAAGAGAGAGACAUGACAUCGUGCCAAACUUUGACACCUCGUGGACCAGUCCUGGAGGACUUUAACGGGACGUUCUGUUGAAGUGGACGACUCCCUCUGCUGUUUGUAACUUUUGUUUUCUUGUGUUUUGAUCAGGUGAAGCCGUACUUAUCGUUGGGGAUCUUGGGUAACAUCUCCCUCUCAUAGAUGUACAGACCUGCCUCUCUGUGUUGGCUGAGCAUGUGUACGCGCGCGUGUGUGUGUGUGUGUGUGUGUGUGUGUGUGUGUGUGUGUGUGUGUGCGUGUGCGUGCGUGCGUGCCUGUCUGUGUGUAGACACGUGACAGAAUGCGUGUGUGUGUGCGUGUACACGUAAACGUGAGCGAGCGUAUCUAUGCAUGCACGUGUGUAGUAACGUGUGUAUGCCGCUGUCGUGCGUAUGUGCGUGUGCGUUCCUGUUUAAAUCAAUGUCCAAACGAAGGCAUUCCUACUGACAGGUUGUCCAGUUUUACAAGAAAAACCAAGGUAAAAAUCACCAGAAUGAACUGUUGAUAUCGAAUGACAAAUCUAUAAAUAUAUGAAUAUAAAUAUAUACAUAUCUAUAAUAUAUAUAGAAUUUUUAUGUGCAGAUGUCAGUGUCACUAAAUGCAACAAAUGUUCACAGAGAAAAAAAAACGAUAACGUCGUAAACAACAGGACUCUUGUUCACUUGACCUAAAUGUGAAGACUGCUGAUCGGGCCCCCAACAACCCCCCCCCCCCAUUCCCAACUGAGACAAAAGAGAAAUCCCACCUGAAAAUGCUCAGGCUCUGGUGCGAGUUGUGUGUUAUUGUGUGUCCAUGCUUCUUAGAUGACCCUGCUGAGAGAGGACCGUACUUGAACACAAGGAAAAAUAAAAAGACUCUUUGCAAUCAAA